AUGAUGAGAAACCAAACAGCAGUGACAGAGUUCAUUCUCCUCGGCUUGACGGAUGAUCCAGAGUUUCAGGCUCUGCUUUUCCUUUUCCUAUUUACCACCUAUUUGCUGAGCAUCGCCGGGAACCUGACCAUCAUCACCCUUACCCUGCUCGACUCCCGCCUCUGCACCCCCAUGUAUUUCUUCCUGCGUAAUUUCUCCUUCCUGGAGAUCUCCUUCACGUCCGUCUUUGUCCCCAAAAUGCUGGUCAGCAUCGGGACUGGAAACAAGACCAUUAGCUUUGAUGCCUGUUUUGCACAGUUCUUCUUCGCCAUCUUGCUGGGGGCGACAGAGUUCUUCCUCUUGGCUGCCAUGUCCUACGACCGUUAUGUAGCCAUCUGUCGGCCCCUGCACUACAAGACCAUCAUGAGUGGCAGUGUUUGCAUCCUGCUGGUUCUCUGUUCCUGGGUGUCCGGCUUGCUUACUGUUUUAGUGCCCAACAUCAUGAUCAGCCAGCUACCUUUCUGUGGCCCCAACGUAAUCAACCAUUACUGCUGUGACUACAUAAUAUUACUGCAGCUGGCCUGCUCGGACACCCUCCCCAUAGAGGUCAUAGUCCUUGUCUUGGCGGUGGUGACACUCCUGGUCACCCUGGCGCUAGUGACCAUGUCCUACACAGCCAUUGUCCGUGCCAUCCUGAGACUGCCUUCUGCCCAGCAGAGGAAAAAGGCCUUUUCCACCUGCUCCUCCCACAUGGUCGUGGUCUCCAUCUCCUAUGGCAGCUGCAUCUUCAUGUAUGUCAAUCCGUUUCCCAAGGAAGACUUAGACUACAGUAAAAGGGUGGCCAUGCUCCACACCUCUGUGGUUCCGUUGCUCAACCCCUUCAUCUACACCCUGCGGAACCAGCAGGUCAAGCAAGCCUUCAGGGAUGUGGUAGGAAAAGUAAACAUUUUUCACAGGAAGUGA